AUGUAGAAGAAAAUACAAUCUCUCCCUCUGAUCAGUCACUACAACUAGGGAACUAGCAAUGAGGACAUUUUAGAGAGGAUAAAAAUGAAAAACAGAUAGCAUAUAUACAAACAAAUAAAGCCAGAGAAUAAUAAUAAUUUGGAAUUGCAAUAAAGACUUGAACAAAAGAUUAAACAGCUGAGGCAGCUGAAAUCUUCCAAUAUGCAAAGUGAAUAAUCUUUUGGACAAAUGAGUAGGCAUAAUAUAAGAAUUAGCAAUAAUACAACUAUAGACCCCAGUUAUAGUAAUCACACUCAAAACAAUGAUGCAUCACCUAAGUUGCCUGAGAUCCAUACUUACCCGAGAAAUUUGGAAUACAUGAAGCCUCCAAGUCCCCUCAAGAUCAAUAAAAAGUGCAUUAAUUAAAAUAGUGAGAAUUUCGAGGUUAAAAUUACUGAUUAGAUGGAAUAAAGAUCAUUAAAUGUUAGGAGUGCAUAAAAUAUAAGCCCAUUAAAUAUUAAGAAACAAGAAUUGAAACAAUUAUCAACAAAUAAUAAUCAUGAUUAUUUUCAGAUUAGAGAGGAUAUUGACAUAUUCAAGCUAAACGAGAGCAAAGAAAAUUCUUCUAGCUCUCCAAAGAAGGGAUCUUUUUAACAAAGAUUUAAGGAGUCAAUUGCUUAUAAAAUGAAAAUAUAAGCGAUGCAAGUCAAAGAAGAGAAUAACAAUAAGAAAAUUUAAAAUCUGAUUGAAAAUGAGGAUUUAUCUGAGAAUUAUAUGUCGCAUUCAUAGUCCUUGAAAGACAGUGAUGACGAUGAAAACAAUGAUGAAGAUAUUCUUUUAAACUUAAGAACUUUAGACAAAAACUCAAUAAAUAAAAACUCUUUGCCUGCGAUAUUAAACUAGAGGCGAGGCUCAACUAUGCUCUCAAAAUAAAUUGAAAAUUCCAUCUAGAAUCAAUAGAGGACGAGCGAGAUAUUGGAAGGUAAAACAAAACCAUUGAUAGAAAAGUAUGAAAUUCCUCAGUAGAGAUAUCCCUACAUAAGAGGACUUAGGAAAAAUGAUGCAGAGAUCAAAUCUCAAACUCCAUUACCAUAAUCAGAUAAGAUCCUUUAAGUGAAUUAGACUUAACAAAAUAAAGAAAUAAAUAAAUUCAAUAUAAAAAAGAAAAAUAAUCCUAACUUGAAUAUCAACUCCUGCCAAUCAGAGAAAAACUCAAUUCAAUUAAUUAGAUAAUUCGGCAAGCAUUUACAAAACAGCAGAUAGCUAGCAUUACUAAGAAAAGCAAACGCUGAACAAAGCAAUCCUAACGAAGCUGAUAAAUAAAGUUUAGGUUAAUCAAUUGUAAUAGUAUAUUUCAAAAUCUAGGCAAUCGCUCUGAAAUAAAAAUAAAAUCAUUAGAAGUGA